AUGGCCAGUGAGCGGGGGGGCGGCAGGAAGAUGCGCGACUCACGCACUGGUCCUGAGGAAGGUCGCCCGGCCGCCGCCGGCGCGCAGCCGCUUUCCUCGAGUGCUUCCGCGCGCUUGGUCCCUCCUCACCCCUCUCGCGCUGGCCGACGACGACGCCUCGGCGGCAGAGAAUUUCCUGCUUCGGCUGACGCGACUCCCUGGGAGACCAAAGGCCGCCUGGACCUCAUCAGGGUCUCUUUGUGCUGCGGGGGCGGACGGGGAGGUCCUGCGGCCGGCGGAGAACGGAGACGGAGCUGUCUUCGAAGAGGUGCGUGUGAAGACGGACGACCCCCCUGCGGCGACGGCGGAUCCAGAUCGGUGUCGCGGCGUUGGAGCAGCAGGCGCGGGGGCGGGAGCGGGUGUGAGCGUGAGUGCGAGUGUGAGUGCGAGCGUGAGCGUGGAGCGUGCACGGUGAUGGCGCGCACCGCUGCGCUGCUGCUGGUGGGCGCGCUGGGCGCGGUGCUCUGCGCAGCUAUAGAACUUCAAGAGUCGACAACUGUAAAGGAUGAAGAAAAAGAUAUAAAGAUAUCUUCAAAGGAAUCUAAAGAGUUAUUAGAGAAAUUACGUUUCGACUUGGAGCCGGCAAUAUCUCAUGGUUUCCCGUUUCCUCUUGCGUUGCCCGUUCCAUGGUUGGAGAAUUCAUCUUCAGAAAGUCCGAAGCCGACUAAAACCCAAACAGCGGAAGAGCUAGGUAACGACAUCCCUUCAAAAGAUAUCGAUAUCAACACAAAUGCCAACGCGAAUCCUGACAGUAAAUUCGAAGAUCUCGUGAAAACGGCGAACAGAAUGAUGAUAGAAGAAGCAAGGAGGAGAAGACUGUUUAAGAAGAAGAUGCAAACGCUUCUGCAAUCGAAGCUUCCAACCCCAGCCAGCAAAAAGGAAGUGCGUGCGCUGGAGAAGCCGGCGGUCGCCGUGGAAGUCGAAGACGCUCCCGAGGGGCGUGAGGCAUCCAUGAUGAGCGACGCUUUUCGCAGCUUCCGCCGGUUCGCGCACGCCGUGCCCUUGAUGCACCACUUGGCCUCGUCCCGCCUCUCCAGCCCCUUCGCGAUGCUUCCCGGGCCCUUCACUUUAAGAAGCGCAGACCCUUCGGCCCAAGACGAAGCCGUUGACGACGGCGGUGACCACGCAGUUCUCAUGGUGAGAGGCUUCUCCUUCGAAGGCUCGCCACCGGUCGUGAGCCGCGUGCAACGCAUAAAUUCCGAACGCCUUCCCAAACUUGUUCCUGACGACUCGAUGAACAUCGACGUCACGUUUGUGCCGCUGCAAACCAAUUCCAGAGCCAUCCCGCGGCAUUCACUGUCGCCGUUGAGAGAGAUCGAGGUCAUCCCAAACGUCGAUCCAGGAAUGUCAUUCCCAGCGCUACCCCUUAUCUCCAGAGUCUUAAAUGUAAUGAGUAGAGUUCGACAGAGAUUCAUGGAAGAUAUGGAUGCCUACGGGCUCAAUUCCAGCGGGCAGAAAGCCGAAAAUAGGUCAAAAAUCGAUCCUCUUGAAAGCUUUCCAUCUUCUCAAGAGGUGCCGUCAAUUCCUCCACAACCAGCGUCAGAUAGUACUGCCAACCUGAAACUCGCAAAAGAUAUUCAGAAGAAUGACACGAUGCUGACUAGCGAUCCUGUUGGAGGACCUUCGGAAGAGGCGGGUAAGCGGAGUAAGCGCAACGUGAAUUCCUCCUCCGAACGCCAAGAGAGUCCCGACGAACCGGCUGCGCCGACGUCGCGUAUGAUGGCGGAAGAGAAGGCGGAGCCGCAGCAGAUCAACAGCCGGAUGAUGAUGCCAGAAGUCUCUGCCAUCAGGGGGCAACCUUCGCCUGUCGGCUUCGGAGCACUGCCCAUGGGUAUUCCCUUUUACCCGACCGGUUAUGCGCCCAACAUGUUUGUCAACAACAUGAAGUUGCCCUUCUGGAAACAGUUCUACAAAGCGAUGCCUUAUUCUAUGAGCGGUGUCCCUCUGGGGUUCGACAAAUUAGCUUAUCAAAUGAAGAUGUACCCCAAGUUCCCGAUGGCUGUCGGAAUGGCUGGCGCUCAACGUAUGGGGAUGGCUGCGCCGAUGACAGAACAAGAAUUAGCUAUGGCAAACCCGCCGAACACGCAGGGCGCCGAUGAGGCUCAGUCUGCGGCGUCGGCGGAUGAAGCGGAUGAAGGGAAUAUGGAAGCGGGCGUGGCGCAGCAGGCCAGAAUGCUCUCGCGCAGAGUGCCGUGCAGGCCCACCUGCGCGCCUGCGCUCAUGCGCGCGACUCGCUCCAAGCGAAGCGUUGGCGGCGGCGGUGGCGCAGCGGUCCAGCAGGCCUUGGACGCCUCCGCCGCCACCAGCCACGGGGAGGCCGGAGGAGAACAGAAGACGGGGCGGAACAAAGCCCCAACCAUCGACGUCUUAAGGGACAAGGAACCUCGUGAGGAGCAGAAGGGAAGAGCCAACUCGCCCUGGGAGCAGCUUUCGUCUUCCUCCCAGCAAAACCUCUCCAACCGGAAGACUCCACAGUCCGCGCCUUUGAGAGUUGCUCCUUUGCUGGGAACGCCGCACACCCCAGAGAGCGAGGCGGAUCAGACAAGAAACUCAUUCAGUGACCUUGUUUUUGAGGGUUUUGAAAACUACCCUUUGCAAUGGAAAACUCAGAUUCCUGUGGAAGAUAGCGACGCGGUCGUAGACCACGGGUUCUCAGGUAUUGAAGGCGUUUACCGAGAAGCCACGCCUUCGAGUUUGAAAGAGUUGCAAGGCAUGAAGUCAGUGAAGACUAGAAAGAAGGUCCCGUCUCGUUCGGAACUUUGGGAAGCAGCACUAAAACCCGACCAAUCCGCGGAGCGCUGGACGGCGCCGUCCGCCGCGGCUUUCGGGGCGGUCCCGUUCUUCUCCCCGCUGUCCGACUCGCUGCUGGGCGAGGGCGAGGGUGAGGGCGCGGGGGCGGGGGCGGGCGAAGAGGUGCUCCUGGGCGACCGCUCCUUCCUCCGGCCGCGCCGCAGCCUCGGCGCCGGCGAGGGCGGGGAACAGGAGGGCUUGCGCGGCGAGGCGGCUCCCACUCACGCCGGGCACCGCAGCGGCCAGGGCGGCGCGCUGCGCCACGCCAAGGCCCACGGCCACGGCGGCCGCCUGCGCUCCAAGCUGAAGGCCAGCCCCGUCGCAGCCAGCAGCGCCGUCGCCGGCGACGGGCCAGAAGCCGCCAAGAGGGAGAAGCGCGUGCGAGCAGAGCACAUGCCCUUCCUCGACCCCACCAUGACGGAGGACAGCCGCUUCGACCGCUACUUCAGGAGGGACCUGGGCAACGACUUCGAAAUCUAG